GGCGUCCCACAAAAAAAUUUAAAGUCACAGAGACACUUCCUGUCAGAAACAGUUGCACAUUCCCUAUUCACACUAAACUCAGAGAGAGAUGGCUCGGCUGAAUGUUACAAAGACUAUUCAUGAUGCCUUUUUACCUGGACACAUGUAUACUCAGAAAUCUCUUUAAUGUGCCACUGAAUUCAAAUUUUAGGAUCCAGACACUUUGUCACCUAACCAGUUGCCGUACUGGAAUCAUGCUGGAGAUCGAGUAAAAUCUUAAACACAGCUUAACUUUCACAAGCUCUGUGGAUUUAGCAAAACAACAGCCACAAUAUUUUAAGUUCCGAAGGACGUCGGCUUCUCACCACUCAUCUACACUACACACUACUACAGUGGCUCCUGCACUUCAAUGUCCCAAAGCAAAGUAUACUGUCUGUUGGUUUGAUCAACUGAAAGGAGCAACAAUGCAUGAAAGAUAAUGCCAAUAUUCAGUACAUCAAAUAUGAAGAAAUUUGGGAGGCCGGCUGUCCUGGAAAGACUAUUUGGAUGUCAGUCUUCUUAUCUUCGAGCUGCCUUCCUCAUACUUGUUUUCUCAGCUGCGCUACUCUUCUACUAUGUGAACUUACCAGAAAAAGCAAAAAUCCGCUCUGAGAAAAUUCACAUAAUAAACAACAUGGAUUACACCACUGCAAAAGCAGAUAUACAAUCAUCAAAUCCAACCAUUCACGCAGCUCCUGUACACUGGUCACCCUCAUUAAAUACAGAAAGUGGUAUAUCUGUUUUGUCUUCUGUGUUACAAGGUGAAAAAUGUCCACCUGAAAGUACAUACGUGAUGGCAUAUCCCUGUAAAUAUCAUUACAUUUUAAACGAAUCAGAGAGGUGUCAGAACGAAAAGCCCUUCUUGGUCUUGAUGGUUCCUGUGGCACCAAAAAACAGGGAAGCUCGGGAUGCCAUCCGUACCACCUGGGGAUCUGAGAAGAUGGUUAUGGGCAAAGUGGUAAGCCUUUUCUUUUUGCUUGGUCAGCCUGGACAUGAAGGGAGAGAGAAGGUCCAGCAGAUGAUCUUGCAGGAGAGUGAGAAAUACCAUGACAUCAUUCAAAGUGACUUCCUGGACAGUUAUAAAAAUCUUACUAUCAAAACUAUGGUGAAUAUGGAAUGGCUGGCAACCUACUGCCAAAAUGCCACCUAUGCCAUGAAGAUUGACUCUGAUAUAUUCCUUAAUGUAAACAGUUUAAUAAACAUGCUUCUUCAGGCACCAAGGGAGAACUAUAUGACGGGGAAUAUAGACAAUAAGGCUUUUGUGAUCCGAGACCCCAACUCUAAAUGGUAUCUGCCAAAAGAUGUGUUUCCUGAUGACUUUUAUCCACCUUAUGCACUGGGAUUAGGCUAUGUGCUGUCCCUGGACCUUCCAAACAAGCUGAUUGAAGGCGCAAAGCAUACCCAACCCGUCUAUAUUGAAGAUGUGUUUUUAGGACUGUGCAUGCGGUAUCUUGGAAUACCUUUCACCAUUCAGGCUGAUCAGAGCCUCUUCAACCGCUUCCCUAUUCCUUACAACCGGUGUCGCUACUCAAAACUUAUUGCUACAACCACACACAGUCUACAGGAUCAAGUUAACUUUUGGAAAGACCUUAAGAAACCAGGACCAACUUGUUAACUUUGGAUACUGUACAGGUAUGUGCAGAAAAUUAUUUAGGGAGAUAAUGGAUUGUACAAGGUUGGGUUGUAAAAAGAAACCUGUGUCCUGAGUAGACACAGUGGAUCCUCGGAUUGCAAGUAACCUGGUGUGCGAGCGUUCUGCAUGGUAAGUAAAAAAAAUAAAUAAA